AUGCGCCUCCCCGCGCCCAUCCGCACAAUCGGCUAUACCGCGCCACCCCGACGCGUGACCUCCAAGUCCCUCAGCGCCAACCCUCGCAUCGUGGCCGCAAAACCUCGCUCCCAACCCAUCCCACCGUCCACCCCUCCACCGCCGCCCUCCUCGUCCACGCAGCCGCAACCCGCACCCUCCGCACCCCCCCUCACCCCGCUCUUCUCCGCGCCCUCCAACCCCGUCCACCUAACCCUCCUCCUCACCCCGUUGCUCGCCCCCCACGGCCCCUGGCGCCUCACACGCGCACGCACAGGGCUAGCGCGCACAUUCCAGUUCCGCAGCUUCAACGCAGCGUGGGGUUUCAUGGGCGCGGUGGCCACGGAGGCGCAGAAGCGGCGGCACCACCCCACAUGGUCGAAUACGUAUAAUAGGGUCGAGGUGCUGUGGACGACGCAUAAGCCCGAGGGGCUGAGUGAGUUGGAUGUUGUGAUGGCGGGGGUUUGUGAUCGUGAGGGGGAGGUGUGGGGGGAGGUGAGGGAUGGGGCGGAGGGAAGGGGAGGGGGUGGGGGAGGGGGAGAGGCGACGGGGAAUUAG